AUGAGCGUCGCCACGACUGCGCAAGCGGACGUCCCAGUCCGCCCAGUUCGCGAGACGAUGGCAGUAAAGCCCAAGGCAUUCUUGCGCCCGCUGCUCUCACGCUUACCAAUGCAACAGCACGACCAAUCACAAGCUCGCUCGUGGGCGUAUACCGACUCGACGCUGCCCAGUAUCGAUGAAGCAUCGAUUGCGCUCCAUCACGCUUUGCGACAAUUGAAACCGCUGUCGCCCCAUUAUGCGAGGAUGCCGUAUGACAAGGCAUUCAACUGGUCAGAGCUGGUGCUGGAUGCCGAGCUCGAGCACGAGUGGUACGGCUCGCCUGUUGCGCGCGGUUUGCCGGGCGGCGGAUCCAAUCUUGCGACAUGCAUUUGGCAAUCGCGCGCUCACGCAUUGGUCGCCAAUCGUGGUCCGAAGCACGCAGAAGCGAUGCGAGCUGCCAGAGACAUGUAUGAAGAGUAUGAGCUCGAGCGAUACGUGCUCGUCAAGCAGCGAGACCAGACCGGACUCUAUACCCGACCUUGGAAGUCAGAAGAUCGCGUGUGA